AUGCCUUUCGCCUUGCUCAUCUACUUGUUCACACUAACCACGGGCACCACAUCUGGUAUUUUACGCAAGAUCGAGUCGCUGGGGAAUGGCAAUAACAGGCGUAGGGAUGUGGAGCUUGAUGGGUCUUCCAGUGGUGGAAUAGGGUAUACGAUCGAUGUGAGCUUGAAUGGAGGUUCGAGCAUACCUAUACUUCUUGACACUGGAUCGAACCAAUUUUGGGCGGCGUCAACAGCAUGCGACUCGUGCACCAGCGCAGGGAUGCAAAGCAGUGGACUAGAGGCGGAGUCAGGCUGUGAAGUGUAUGGAUUAACAUACGGUAUCGGGAGCGUGAAGGGGUGUAUCGUGGAGAGUACCAUGACGGUUGGGGAAUGGACUGUCGACAAUCUUCAUGCCUUGGUUCGGGAUUUGGGGUAUGGCUCGAGACGGUGCAACGAGGCGCCGGUCGUUGGUUUCCACCUCGGGCGAGAGGGUGAUGGCACCGAGAGCAAAAUGACCAUCGGAGACGUCUCUUCUAUUAGCUACGCUCAAACAAGCAAGAAGGUGACCGUCCCAUCUCGAAACAACACCUACGACUUGUAUCAAGUGUCUAUGAAUUCGAUAUCGGUCAAUGGCAAGACAUUGGAAAGCGAUAUAAUCGCCUACAUUGACACAGGAUCUACGGCCAUAUCCACCCCCGAAAUGCUCGCCGGAGAUAUAUACAACGCUCUCUUUGACGGUGUAGCCUACAAAUACGGAACAUCGUACAUUGUACCAUGUGAACCUCUGACCAACGCCUCAAUCGCUUUCACCUUUGGUGGAGUAGCGUUCGACAUGGCGUCCGAGGAUCUUGUUGGGGAUGAUAUUGCCGAUAAUUCUGGUUGGUGUUAUGGCCGCUUUGUUUCCCUCUACGAAGGCGUUGAUUAUAUGGUGAUAGGCGAUGCCUUUCUCCACAACGUUUAUCAUACCGUCAAUGUCCAGAAUGGGGACGUCACAUUCUACGCUCUUUCGUAA